GAGACCCUGAGGCGAGAGCGAGCUGCGGUGUGCGGGGAGCGCCUGCUCGGGGUUUGGGUUCUGAAAGCUCCGCAUGCCUCUUAGAAAAGCAUCUGAAAAGGGGCACAUUGGUAUCCCUGCUUCUGCACGACACCUGCCUGUGAUUUUAACACUUUCCUUCCCGGCACACUCCAGUGGAGCCUUGGCAAAGAUUUCCCGGGCUGUGUCUUUCCUCAGCGGGCAGGUGCAGUCCAAACCAGUUCAAUGUGGGCUCUGGAAUUUUUUCGGCACGCUCACGGAGUAUACGUGCUCUAAAUGCCUACAAUACAGAGGAAUCCAGCUACUUCUAAUGGGAUGCAUUUGCAGAGAGGAAGAAUUCCUUAUUUAAAAUGGGUAAUAAGCAAACGAUAUUUACUGAUGAACAGCUAGAUGCCUACCAGGAUUGCACAUUCUUCACUCGGAAGGAAAUUCUUCGGUUGCACGGCCGGUACCAUGAAAUGGCACCAAACGUUGUGCCCAUGGACUACACAAAGGACCCAGAUGUUAAACUACCUAUGCAACUUAUAAUAAACAUGCCUGAGCUAAAGGAGAAUCCUUUCAAAGAAAGGAUUGUGGCGUCCUUCUCAGAAGAUGGAGAGGGGAGCCUGAGCUUCAAUGACUUUGUGGACAUGUUCUCCGUGCUCAGUGAAAUGGCUCCCCGGGAGCUUAAAGCAAUCUAUGCCUUUAAGAUCUACGAUUUUAACACAGAUAACUUCAUUUGUAAAGCAGACUUGGAAAAAACCCUCAACAAGCUGACCCGGGAAGAACUGACAGACGAGGAGAUCACUCUGGUUUGUGAGAAAGUCAUAGAAGAGGCUGACAUGGAUGGUGAUGGGAAAUUAGGAUUUGCAGAUUUUGAAAACAUGAUUUCCAAGGCACCGGACUUCCUCAGUACUUUCCACAUAAGAAUCUGAAGAUGUUUCUGCCAGUCCAGCCUUUCUGAAUCUCAGGCACUUCAGGGGCUUUUGUCCUCUAAUGAGGGCUUCUUAGAACUCAGCAGAAAGUACUAAAAUAAUUCUGGUCCACAAAGAGACAGAAGCAUCAUGUGAUCUACAGGAUAUUUGGAACAGACACAUUUUUAUCUUCACUGCUGGCCAAGCACUCUGUCAAAAAUGGUUGGUUGUUGGAUUGUGGUUUUUCUUUUCUUUCUCCCCGUUUUUAACUGUCAGAAUCGGAAUAUUAUUAAAGGUAUUUCCACAGAGUUUUUAUAUUUAUGAAUAUUUAAUACUGCUCUUAAAAGUGCAAAAAAAAUUGAGAAAGAUUAGCUUUGGUCUGUUUUCCAAGAGUACUUGAAAGAAAGCAUGGGCCUUAAAUAAUGAGAUGCCUCUAUCACUGUGUUGUACAGCUGGGAUCGUGCAUGGAAAAUAUCUGAGGUAAAAGAACUGCAGUCAAGAUCAAGCUCCCAGUGUUGAAGACAACCACAGCCCAGGUUUCCCAUCAGCCACUGAAAUGGCAACUGCUGGGUUUGGUGCUUACCUUCAACCAAUAUUUUAUAAAACUUGAAAUAUUUGCCUUUUGUAUAUGAUAAGUGCAUACGUGAUUAAUUUCUUCCCAAGAUAAAUGUUAAAACGGUGUCCUUGUUCUCCAAGGGACUCCUGCGUUUUAUUAAUUCUGUGUCCUGAUAAUGUUGAAUGGAGAAACUUGGUUGUCUGUAACCCAUGAAGAAGUUGAAGAAGCACAGAACUACUGUUAAGGACAUGAAAAGAUAUUUUCUUUCUAAACAAGCUAUGCAAUCUCUCCCAUAAAAUGCAUGAAUGCAGUUCUGUGUUUCUCUUUGCCCUCCAGCUGGAAAUCAGCUAGAUCUUUUUGUUGGUUUUUUUUUUUUUUUUUUACUUCCAGUAUUGUUUAGGUACUGGGGACUGAAGACAAUCAUAUGUGUAUUAAUUACUGUUCUAACAGUCACUAGAAGGGCUCUGUCACUUACAUGGCUUCUGUAUCAAAGUCACCACAAUUAAAACUUUUGAAGCAUUC